AUGUAUUUUGUUUAUUGUUGUCUGUGGCGGUAGCGUCUGUCUCUGGCGUGUUAGUGACACUGUACAUUAUUAUUCUUGGCUUUUGCCGGUUUGCCGAACCAACGAACCUUAUUCGUUUCGAAUGCAAAUUGUUGACGGGAUUUUCGUCUAGAAAUAACAUUUCACUGUUGCCGCGUUUUCUUCGUCACACUAGGCAUCGCACCGUCCUUCUGAUUAGCGACCAAUUUUUUAUACACACGCAUCAGAAAAAUGGCAGUAGACAAAGGAGAUGCCCCAGAACAUAUUAAUCUUAAAGUUCUUGGUCAAGACAACGCUGUCGUCCAAUUUAAGAUCAAGAAACAUACUCCAUUAAAGAAAUUAAUGAACGCGUACUGUGAGAGAACUGGUUUGGCUAUGGCGACAGUAAGAUUCCGCUUUGACGGACAAGCUAUUAGUGAAGCUGAUACUCCGUCUUCCUUAGAAAUGGAAGAAGGUGAUACAAUUGAAGUCUAUCAACAACAGACUGGUGGUUGCUUUUAUUUUAACUAUUAUUAACUACUUAUAUUUUAUACAUAAGUUUAAAUUUUAUUUAUAAAUCAACAUUUCAUGUACAUCAUUAGUUUUUGAAACCUCAAUACCAAACAUUUUCUUUUUAUCACUAUACUAGCCGUAUUAAAAAAAUUGUUAUAAAUACAAAUUUAUAAUCAAUUAGAACAAUAUCAAGAAUUCAACUAUAUUAAGCAAAUAAAUGUUAUAUGUACAGAACAUUAUAUAUGAAAUAUUUACAGUAAUAUCUUUUUUGUAAACAAUUUAUUAUUAUUAUUAUUAUUAUUAUUUUCAUAUUCCUCUAGCUUAAUAAUAAACUUGAUAUACCUAAUCAAUGAGGUUUUUUAAUCUGUUUAAUUAUUUUGAAUGAUUCACUAAAUUGUGUAAAUGCUAUUAUAAUUAUUGUGAUUAUUAGAACAAUAUAUUCAAUCCGAUUUUUAAAAGGUGUUCCACAUAUUGUAUAAAUUUUGCUAUAUUGAGCAGGAACAUCUUCCACACAGUGGAAAUCAAAAUCUUCAUUAUAGUCUUCAAUACAUAAAUAUUUACGUUUUUUUAAUUCCUAAAAUAAAAUGAGAAUAUGAAAAUAUUUUUUUUAAGGCUUGGAAGAAGUAAAGUUUUUUAAUAUAUUUGCUUUAUUAUUAAGAAUGUUA